UUCUUUUUUCUAAUGGGAAAUCAUACAAGUCGAGAAAAUACAAAAGAAGAAGAAUUACUGUCAAAGUGGACAAAUGAAGAACGAAAGCAGCUUGUCGAGAACAAACAAACAUUACCAGAAUACUACUCUAAAGAACUCUUUGACUCAUUAACUGAAGGAACACGUCUAGAUUACCUUCAAACUGCAUAUGACAUCUUGAGAUUAAAAAACACACAGAAAAUGUAUGAUAUCUUUCAAAUAUGUGUCAAAAAGCACAAAAUAUCACUCCAAACAUUCGUUCUAUGGACAGUGACAAGCUCUAUUCCUCUCUGGUAUUCACAAGCAGGCCAAAACGUCAUCAUCAAGGAUAUCCAUCAACAUGACCCAAAAAGGCUAGUUGAUUAUUUACUGAAUUAUGCAAUCGAACAGAAAGAAAAGAGUGGGUCAACUGACUGGCUUUUUGAGGAACAAGAAGAGAAAGAAUUGAAAAAGGAGAACGACAAAGACGAUUGGAAAGCAAAGAGCACAAGUUCACCAUCGACCUUGAGUGACAUUGAAUUUAUGGAUUGGUUGAAAAAUGUACCUUGUAUGUUCAAUUUGUUUUAUUUAAUAGCAGAGUAUGCAUUUUUAGGAUGCACACAAAAGGACAAAGACAGCUUGCAUCAACGGCGACUGGCACAUCUAGCAUCUCCUCAACUAUCCAGUUUCUCUGAAUUGAUAUCUCCUUAUGAUUAUUUUAUGUUGAUGCAGCAUGUUCCUACCCAUUGUCUAUCUAGCGACACCAAAGGAAUAAGUCAUCAACUACUUUAUUCAUCCAAAAGAGACGGUAUCAGCUGGCAAGUGUUUGUUAAUAAAAUAGUGGGACAAGGAGCUACAUUGAUUGUCAUCAAAUCAAAGGAUGGGUCGAUCUUUGGGGGUUAUGCUGAUGAAGCUUGGGAGUAUCAAAGGACGAAUUGGUAUGGUAAUAUCUCUAAUUUUUUGUUUCAACUAUCACCCAACUAUGGAGCAUGGCUUGGACAAGAUGUUAACAAUCACUAUCAGUAUCUCUGUUGGGGUAAAAAGAGUCUUCCGAAUGGACUUGGAAUGGGUGGACAGUUCGAUUAUUGUGGAUUAUGGGUUGAUGCUGACUUUUUAAAUGGUCAUUCUAGAGCAGGACCCUCGUGCUCAACAUUCAAGAGCCCACAACUAACCAAAGAUGAUACAUUUACAAUUGACAAAGUUGAAGCUUGGCUAAUUAAGCCCAUUGAAAAGGAUGAACAGGAUGAUACGAAUGGUAAAGGCGUGCUUAAUUAUAGCGAGGAUAUGGAGUUUAUGGAAAUGGCUGGUAAAAAAAUGUAUUCAAAAGACUUGGCUCCUCCUCCAUCAAGAGAGCAAGAAAGCUAAAGCGUCAAUGCUUAUCCAUUAUUUAAGCAAAUUUGUAACCUAUAUACAUGCUUAACUUCUUACCUAUUUUAACCUAUGCGAUAAUUAAGACGUCAUUUUCUCUUUUUUUUCAUUUUUUCAUUUUUUCUUUUUUUUUUUUUUUUU